AUGGCUCUGCGCCUGACAGCGUUCGCGCAUCCCCCAGUCGCGGUCUUCCGGGCCAGGAGCCCUACUACUCUAAUCGAGGUAUGGCGCUGCAUCACGGCUCACAUUGCUGUGCUGCACGCGAUCAUCACAGCCGCCCAGGAGCACCUCGACAAUGCGCCCGGCCCGAAACCACUGCCCGCCGCUGCGCUGUUCAAAGCCUACGACGAAAUCCUCCCUCAGCACGGCAUCGAUCCCGAGUCCGACCAUCAUCUCUCUGCUCUUGUGUUCAGGGUCGGCGGCGAGCAGGGUGGUGGCAGCUUACUGGACAAGUUUCAGUCAAUCCUCGGCCGCAUAGGCAUCGUUCUCGAAUUCAGCGACGACUCUACUACUUCUCCCGAAGGCUAUGCCGAGCAUCCUCUGUCUCCGGAGCCGUUGGACACUCAUCGCUGGUACCCCGACGACCUCCCUAUCGACGAGGAGGAAGACGUUCCUCCAAAGAGACCCCGGGCCUACAGCGCGACUUCCUUGGGAACCGACUCCGCUCCUCAAAAGAUUCAGACCCAAGAGCCAAGCAGCAAGAAGGAUUACCAAGCGAGAGUUGAUCACCCUCCCACUCAGACCGACCCAAAGGCAUACCCCUCGGCCCAGAUCUCCUCGACUGAAACACGACAUGUUGAUCCCUAUCAUCAUUACCCUAGUCCGCUCUUCGAUCACUUACCCAUUGAUCUCGAUGCUCCGGACGAUGACCCCAAGGCACGCCUUUUGAGGCCGCAAACCGACAUCUCCCUCCGUUCAGCAGAAAGGAAGCCCGAACAAGAUAUUCAGACUCUGGACCAGCCACCGGGACGCGUCAAGGACCACGACCAGAAUCAGUUCAGCGAUAUCGACGACGAUGAGAAAGUUGCCCAGGAGGCUGCGAGACAACAGAAGCGGAAUACCCCGAAGAAGACAGUAGAGACGAACAGGCACAAUGGCAAGAUUGACGAGGACGACGACCUUGCGCAAUUCCCCCACUACAUACCCAAUGAAGCCCAGCCGGCAGCGCAGUCAGUACGGGAUGAGCCUCCAGUGUCAGUCCAGUUCGAAAACGAGCAUACCUUUUCGCGCUUGCAUGAGGAGCGGCUGCUCACAAGAGCGACACGAGCUCGAGAGAUCUACUUGGCAAGCAAGGUGUUCAACCACUGGGCAGACCGCACCGCAGGGCGACUUGAGCGGGAAGGCGUAGCUAGAAGACACAUGAUUCGCUUUCGCUGUUUCCAGGGCUGGAGCUGUGCGCCGAGUCUGCGAUAUCCCGUCAUCGAGAACCUCAAAGCCCUGACGGCAGUGCAGAAGCUACACCGCGCUAUAACGUAUCAACAAGAGCAACUGGGACUGGCAGCAGCAGCAAUCGCACAGAGGCACCGUGCUCGGGUCGCAUCGCGCGUCUGUGACCAAUGGUGCUCACACUUGAUCGCACACGCCUACCGGCGCAAGGUGGAGAAGAAGUCAAAGCAACGGGCCCUGUUGGCAUGGAGAGUGAGCACCUCGAGCAACCUCGUCAAGACCCAAGCCAUAAGCAGGUUCAAUCGACGCGAGGGAGUUAUCAACGCACUAUCAAAACUGCAAGACCACACCAUAACCAACAAUCGUCAGCUUCAUGCAGCUAGGCAACUCGGGUCACUGCAGCUGCUAUUCGGUUAUCUUACGGAAUGGAGAGAUCAGGUUCAGGUCAGAGCGCAAUCAUCUGCCUGUCGUGACAGGCUGUUGACUGCAACAGUUGGUCGGACGUUGCAGAAUUGGAAGCUGUCAUCGCGAGUGCAGGCAGUUCGAUGGAGGGCAGACUUCAUAUCAGUGACGCGCGCCCUUGGAAGCUGGCGAAGACACUACAUGCAAGAGGAGUGGCGGCGAAACUUGUCUGCAAACCACCUCAAGUCAUACCAGGCAUCAAAACUCAUAGGCGCCCUACAGCGGUCCAGCAGCAUCGAGGCGCAGCGGUCACAUCUUAGCAAUCGAGCCAGGCUGUUUAUUGUCACCACGCGGGUGCUGCCCAUCAUGGACUCGGCUGUUCAAGCACGGAAAAGCCAGAUGAAGGAGAUGAUCAGACAGUACUUGAUGAUGAGAUAUACGCAGGUCUCCUCUGCUCGCAAGCGGCGAAAAUUCUACGAGGCUUUGGAUCACUGGCGAGCCAUGGCAGCCCAGGCGACCUCGGAAAGCGACGUUGUCACCAUGUACAAUGCAAAGUACUACUAUGGCCAGGCUGAGCUCGCUCUCACGAAGUGGAGGGCGCGUACCGAAGAAGAUCUCGAGGCUCAACUGGCUGCCUAUAAACAUUAUGCGCAAACCAUCCUGGCGACCUGGGGCGACAUUGCCAAGGAGCGUGAGCGGAUGGAGAUGCAAUCCCUGGAGCUGUGGGCUGCCCGCAGGCAACGACAGUACCUCAAGGCGUGGUCGAUAUCGUCGUUGCAACGCAGCGGACAGGCCCAUACCGCGACAAAGCAAGACUUGAGGCACUACAACAAGCAGGAUGUCACUGCUAAGCAGCUUGAAACGCCAACGCGCUGGACUGGCAUGCCGCUGAACAUGUCCCUCCCUUUAUCAGCCAAGCCACUGGCCUCAUGGCGAGAAAUCGACGAGGAGUCGGCCACCUCCAGUGAUACCGAGGAUGUCGGGAUGCAAAAGUCUCCAAGCAAGCCGCCCUCUAAUACAGGGCGCAUUACUCUACCAUCCACGACUCCCCGAGGCCCGGUGCCCGUGCGCUUGAACCUCAAGGCCAUGCGAGCAGGCACGUCCCCCCAGCGUUGGAGCAGUAUCGACGCUACUUCGAAAGCUCAACCAAGCCCAGCCCAAGACACCUCUCGUACACCACACUCAACCCCUGGACCAAUUCCAAAGCCGAACUUUGGCAGUUCGCUUCAACGCAUCCGCAGCAUGUGGCAGUUCGCCAACUUGUGCCAAUGGAUAUACAUUUUUGGUGAUGCUGCCUCAAUUGACGAUUCGGUCGAUGUUGAUUAUAUCGAGACGGAGUGUCUCAAGCCGAACUCACCGGGACUCAACGAUAUUGCCUUGGCCCUCUUGAAGCUGGUCUCUUCACAGCGCGGCCUCACCCAUGCAUCAUUCGACGACCAAGCUCGAAAACAGUACCUGCUGAAGUCGCCAGACACCAAUCCUUUCGGCGACGAUGACGCUCCCAAGGCUUUUGCUGAGUUCGACGUGUUUAGCAAGAUUCGAGUGAUGCAACAAUUCACGCAAUGGGCCAUGAUUCGGCCGGAAGUGCUUCGGGAGAAGAUGAAGGAACAAAAGGAUACAGAGCAAACGAGCUGGCGGAUUGAACCCUACGGCUGGGAUAGCGAAGACCGCACCUACUACGUUCUCGACGACAAUCGAGUAUACCGUUUAUCAGAGGCGCCUCCACGCCAGAAACCGGCUCCCUCCAAGUCCAGCCGUCAGUCUCGACGUACGGGGAAAAGGCGACGUGUAUCUGAACCGGACGAUGCCGCGAACGACUCCCUCAAUGAUGCUCCCAAAGAAGGGUCGGAAUUGGAUUACGAGGACACCCAUUUGGGGGACAUGGCCUGGGAGUGCGUGGCCGUGACUCUUCCAGAAGUCCAGGCGCUUGUUGAAAGCAUGGCCAAAUCAAGAGACGAAAACGAGAAGAUACUCCGAAGACAGCUGCGAGAUCAUCUGGUGCCUAUUCUGGAGAAACAGGAACAGGAACGAAUCCGCCGGGAGCUGAGGCGCGAGAAGGAGCUGGCAACGCUCGCCAAGAUGGCCCAUGCUAAACGAUCAAGUCGGAUUGCUUCCAAGGCGGAGCUGAGAGAGCAGCAAGAGAAGGCAAGGAUCGAACAAGAGCAGCUCAGAGAAGCAGCCGCUAUCCAACGCCGGGAGGAGCAGAAAAGAAUCAAGAUGCAGAGAGAGCUCGAAAUGAGGCUCGUUUCCAGAGAGCAACGUCUGAAGGAAAGAGAGGAACGCCGCGCCCGUCGUGGCGAAAGCGGCACCCCGGCAUCAGUAGGUGAAGGUAGCGAGGUUACAGUGGCAGAUCGACCUACCAAUGGCGAAAAUGGCCGUGACCUUCAGGGCAAGCAGGAGGAAGAGGAAGGGUGGCAAGUGCCUCGGGAUCAGCGAGGCUGCUGCGGACCACCCAGACUUUCAUUUCAUCUGUGCCUCUUGUCGUCAAAAGAACCCUCCUGA